AGGUCGUGUUGAAAUCUUGCACAACGGUGUCUGGGGAACAAUUUGUCAUGAUUAUUGGGAAAUGCCGGAUGCUAAUGUACUCUGCCGCCAGUUGGGUUUCGAAGGUGCCCUUGUAGCACUCCGUUCUGCUGCUUAUGGAGAGGGAACUGGAGAGAUAUGGCUGGAUGACGUUGAUUGUAAAGGAAAUGAGCCCUCAAUUUUCCAGUGUGGACACAAGGGAUGGGGAAUUCGGAACUGUGAUCAUAGCCAAGAUGCUAGUGUGAUUUGCAUUCCAAUUGUUCGUUUGAGUGAAGGAGUGUUCUCCCACAAAGGUUUAGUUCAAGUUUACCGCAGCAGAACGUGGGGCUGGAUCUGUAAUCAGGGUUGGGAUAAACAAGAUGCCGACGUGGUUUGUAGAGAGUUAGGUUUCACAAAGGCUUCUAUGGUUUACGGCAGUUUAAAAGAUAAAGGUGGUGUUAUAUGGAUGAAAAAUAUUCAGUGCAUUGGCAAUGAAACGUCACUCGUCUUAUGUGACCAUGAAGACUGGAAGAAAUAUAGCUGCACAAAUGGUCAACUCGCAGGUGUGGAGUGCAGCGUACCUGAAGUAAGGUUAGUUGGCGGGACUGCCUCAUAUGAAGGUCGUGUCGAAGUAUCCUAUGAUGGCAGCUGGGGAACAAUUUGUCAUGAUUACUGGGAACUGCCAGAAGCCUCUGUUUUCUGCCGUCAGCUGGGAUUCGAAGGAGCGCUACUUGCUCUUCGUUCUGCUGCUUUUGGAGAAGGGUCAGGGAUCAUAUGGAUGGAUGAUGUCCACUGUGCUGGAAACGAAACAGCGAUAACGCAGUGUAAGCAUAGGGGAUGGAGAGUGACAGAUUGUGAUCACAGCAAAGACGCCGGUGUGAUCUGCACACCGAAAGUUCGUGUAGGUGGAGAAAUCAAUGCUACCCAAGGUCUGGUUCAGGUUUAUCAUAACAAGGCAUGGGGAUGGAUUUGUAAUCAGCUGUGGGACGACACGGAUGCAAACGUGGUUUGUAAGGGGUUGGGGUAUGAAAAUGCUACACUUUUGUACAGUAACCCGGUUGAUAAAGGCGGAAUGAUUUGGAUGAAUCACGUACAGUGCGAUGGAAGCGAAAGAUCUUUAGUCUCGUGUACACAUAAUGGAUGGAAAGAUCACAGCUGUGCAAAAGGUCAACUUGCUGGUGUGGUUUGCAGUAUUCCAAAAGUAAGGCUUGUUAAUGGAACAGCACCUUACAAUGGUCGUGCAGAAAUAUUCUACAAUGGAGAAUGGGGUACAAUUUGUCAUGAUUAUUGGGACAAUCCAGAAACAAAUGUCUUCUGUCGUCAGCUCGGAUUUGAAGGGGCAAUUACAGGACUUCGCUCUGCUGCUUUUGGACAAGGCUCUGGAAUGAUAUGGAUGGAUGACAUCAACUGUACCGGACAGGAGACUGCAAUAUCUCAGUGUGUACACAGAGGAUGGAGAGUAACAGACUGUAAACACAACCAAGAUGCUAGUGUGAUCUGCAUCCCAAAAGUUCGCCUAGGUGGAGAUAAAUAUUUAGGCGAAGGUCUGGUUCAAGUUUAUCACGAAAAGACAUGGGGCUGGAUAUGCAGUGAAAAAUGGAAUAAACAGAAUGCUGAUGUGCUUUGUCGAGAGUUAGGAUACACAAAUGCUUCUUCAUCAUACAGCAGUUCCGCAAACACGGUUGGUGAGGUGUGGAUGAAUAAUGUGCAGUGUCAGGGAACUGAAAGAUCGUUACUUUUCUGUGCCCAUGAUGGUCGGAAAUCUCAUAGCUGUACAAACGGUCGAGUGGCUGGCGUAUUUUGUGUUGUUCCUGAAGUGCGUUUAGUCGGUGGAACUGCGACAUACAAGGGCCGUGUCGAAAUUUUCUUCAAUGGGGCCUGGGGAACGAUUUGUCACGACUUCUGGGAACUAUCAGAAGCUAAUGUUAUCUGUCGUCAGCUGGGAUUCGAUGGAGGUCUACUAGCUCUUCGUAAUGCUGCUUACGGGCAAGGGUCAGGAAUCAUAUGGAUGGAUAAUGUCAAUUGUACGGGGAAGGAGGAAGCAAUAUCUAGGUGUAAACAUAAAGGAUGGAGGGUGUCAGAUUGCGACCACACUCAAGAUGCCAGUGUCAUUUGUACUCCAAAAGUCCGUUUGGGUAAUGGCGUUUUAGCCAGUGACGGCCUCGUUCAAGUUUACCACAACAAAACAUGGGGCUGGAUCUGUGAUCAGCAUUGGGACCAAAACGACGCUGAUGUUAUUUGUGGCGAGCUUGGAUACUCAAACGCUCUUUCAACUUACAGCCAGCCCUUAAACAAACAUGGGAAUGUAUGGAUGAACAAUGUGCACUGUGCUGGCAAUGAAAAAUCACUGUUUUUUUGUAGACACGACGGGUGGAAAAGACAUUACUGUCACAGUAGACAACUAGCCGGUGUGAUAUGCAAAACUCCCAAAGUCAGGCUAGUUGGGGGAGCUACUUCAUAUCAAGGUCGAGUUGAAAUAUUUUACGAUGGAGUCUGGGGAACAAUAUGCCAUGAUCACUGGGAAAUGCCAGAAGCCAAUGUAGUUUGUCGACAACUGGGAUUCGAACGAGCAUCAGAGGCUCUCCAUUCUGCAGCGUUUGGAGAAGGUUCAGGCGUGAUUUGGAUGGAUAACGUAAACUGUACUGGAAGUGAGACUGCAAUUACUCAUUGUAAACAUAACGGAUGGAGAACGACGGACUGCACGCAUAAGCAAGAUGCCGGCGUGAUUUGCACACCAAAAGGUAAAAUAUAAUAUGCAAGAAGAAUAACAUCAAAAAAGUGAUA